UAAAACUGCAGAAGAUUGUACAAAUGUGACACUUUUCCAUGAUGGAGACAAAUGUGAAUAUUCAAUCUAUUGACACAACAGGCAAUGAUGAGUAUAUUGAUAAUUACUGUGCUCCGUGUUCAAAAGACGGUAAGUUUAAAGAAGGUUCUAAAUUCUGCGAAGAUUGUGGAACGUAUAUUUGUUUACAGUGUGUGAAAGAUCAUUGUAAAUUUUCAUCUAUGGAAUCUCACCAGAUUUUGGACGACGCAAAUCGUGGAUCAGAAAGUAGGAACAAAUCCGGAACAGAACUUUGUUACAAACAUCAUGGGCGUAUUCUUGACAAAUACUGCAAGGACCACGAUGAGGUUUGCUGUGGGGCAUGUGUUUCUGGCAGCCAUAGGUCAUGUGUUAAUAUAAUGAAAAUAGAAGAGGCUGCGAAAAACGUUGAUAUAAAAGAACAAAAAGAAGCCAACGAAUGUAUGGACAAAGUAAUAGCAAAGAUUAUAGCGGAACAAGAUGAAAGAGGGUUGCUUUUAUCAUUGAUCGAUCAGGAGGCAUUUGUCAUUCUAAAGGACAUAGAUAAGCAGGAGGAAAGUAUCAUCAAAAGAAUUAAAGAUCUUGCAGAGGCGUCUCGAAAAGAAGUGGUUUCCAGACAUGCUAAAUUUGAAACGGAUAUAAAGGCUGAUGUCAAGGAGUUAGAGUCGGUGUUGUCAGUAUCUGAGGAAGUUUCAAAAAAGUUAAAUAACUCUAACUCGAGUGCUGUACAGGCAUUUGUCUGUGUCAGAAAAAGUAAAACGGUAGCUAAAAGCGUUUCAGAUACAUUGGAGGAACUAUCUAAAUGUCGCAGUUUUUCAAUUGAUUACUGCUUCAACAAUGAGCGAAUACAAAAGUUUGUGGGUAUGAAGUCGCUGGGUUACUUCGAAGAGACUGCAAAUAUACCGUAUAAGGCUAAAAAGCAAGGAAUGAUCAAUGUAAAGUUGGAGAAAGAUGGAGACUGCAUCAUAACUGGUAUUUGUUUUCUUGAAAAUGAAACCAUUAUCAUUGCUGACUCGAAAAACAAAAAACUUAAAAUGUUGAAUGAAAAUUAUGAGAUGAAAAAUAAUAUUGCAUUGGCGGGAUAUCCUUCCUCGUUAUGUAAUGUAGGGCCACAUGAAGUAGCAGUUGCUUUAAGGAAUGAGGGAAAGGUUCAGUUUGUAUCUUGCGAUGAUACAUUAUCUUUAGGAUUUUCAUUUAGUACUUCUCAAAGAUGUGCAGGGCUGUAUUUUGACACAAAACAUGACGAAUUGUACGUUUCCUGCGAUAGCUGGGCACAAUUUAGUACAUCCAAGGUACGCGUGUUUACAAAAACCGGUAUUCUCACCAGAACCUUCGAAAAAGAUGAGACAGGCAAGAUGUUAUUUCUUUACCCCAAGAAUAUCACUAUGGAGCCUAUUACAGACACAGUAUAUAUUGCAGAUGAGCGGAAUGGAAUUAUUGCUUUACACAGAAAUGGUAAACUUAAGUGGAAAUACCAAAGCCCUGAAGUGCGUGAUUUAGCAGGAAUAUGUAUGUUACCGGGAAACCAAGUGCUAGUUACAGGCUGUUCAUCCAAAAAUUUAGUUCAAGUUGGAGAUGACGGUAAGGAAGUAUGUGAGCUACUUGGUGCUUCAGAAGAUCUGCCCAUUCCAUAUACUGUGGUCUGUGAUAAAAGGAAUUCGAAAAUUAUAGUAGGAGGCGCCUCGAAUGAAAUACAUAUCUAUGCAUUACGGACGGAGAAAACGAUAUCUAAUGUAUAGGUAAAAGUAAUUUUAAGUUGAUAGUUUGUGAACAAACUAUUCAUACUGUUAGAAAAGGUGUAUGAAUCCGUGUAUUAACAAUUCUAAUAUGUAGAUAAAAGAUGUGGAACAGACCUUUAGAAAUUUAUACACAAACAAUGUUUGAAGUUGUUGUUGAAUUGCUUAAACUAAAUAGUUUUGUUUGAUUUGUGGUAUUAAUCAGAUAUUAUGAUUAUUAUCAUUUUUUUGCAAUUACCUAUUUAACAUAAUUAUGUAUCUUAUCUAAAUGGGAAUAAAGUAAA